AUGGCUUAUCAGCACUUUUCACCGGCCGGUCGCUCGGACUUCACAAUUAGUUCGACGCUUGGACAGCAGUCUCAGUUUUCCCCGUUUGGAUACGGGAAGCAACAGGUUGGAAACGUGGUCUAUAACUCCAUUCGUUUGGCACUCAAUGAAGCGGCGUCUCCUGCUCACCUCCAAGUGGACACUAGAGAUUCCCAACUGGCACCGGAGGAUGACACCGCGGUUCACCUGGAGGGCAAGGAACUGUGGGGCCAGUUUCACAAAAGCGGCACGGAGAUGGUCAUAACCAAGUCUGGAAGGCGAAUGUUUCCACCAUAUAAAGUGCGCUGCAGCGGAUUUGACAGAAACGCGAGAUAUAUUCUGCUGAUGGAUAUAGUCGCAACUGAUGACUACAGAUACAAGUUUCACAACUCUCGCUGGAUGGUGGCUGGCAAGGCCGACCCAGAAAUGCCGAAGCGAACGUACGUUCACCCAGACAGUCCUGCCACUGGGGAGCAUUGGAUGUCCAAAAUUGUGACCUUUCAUAAACUGAAGCUGACGAACAACAUAUCUGACAAACAUGGAUUUACAGUUUUAAACUCCAUGCACAAAUAUCAGCCGAGGUUUCAUAUUGUUCGAGCCAACAAUAUCCUCAAACUUCCUUACAGUACAUUCAAAACCUACGUGUUUCCUGAGACAGAAUUCAUUGCUGUGACAGCAUACCAAAAUGAAAAGGUAACUCAGCUGAAAAUCGAUAAUAAUCCGUUUGCAAAAGGAUUCCGUGAUACCGGGAAUGGGAGAAGAGAGAAAAGGACACAAACGUUGCAUCAGAGAUGUGAAGAAGUGGAACCGAAAAAAAGAAUUGUUUUGUCGGAAGAUUCAUCUUUCAAUCAAAGUUCAUCGAUUUACUUAAUUCAAGAACCCAAUGUUGUGACAUCAACCUCAACAGAUAGUAAUGAGAGUGACCUGGAUGGAGAGGAAAAGGAGAGUAACAGAGAUGGCAAGAACUCAGUUUCUCUGGAUGACCAAAAUUCCAGAGAAAUCUCUACAACAGUUCAAGAACCAAUGAACGGAUUGAAAGAGGAGAAACAAGAAGAUAGGAAUGUAGAGAUCAACAGCAGGGAAAAGCAUGGUGAGGAGGGUACUGAAAAUGAACCCUUUGAUAACAGAAAUGGAGAACAACACAAGUUUAAAGCAGAUGAGACUGAUGUGUCUUCCAAGGGUUUGCUCGCGCGGCGGCACUAUUACAUCCCCACACCAGGCCUAGUUCAUUCUCUGUGUGUGCCACCACAUUUCUUGUCAAAUGUACGUCAGUUUAAUUAUGCUGGAACCAUCCCACUUUUGGCAUCUGAAGCAACUGGUCCUUGGCUAUCCAGAAAGUCAAAGGAAGGGGAGGGCCAAGAUUACAUCUCUGGAGUCUCAUCCUCACAACAAGGACUCAUUGGUAUGCCAGAUUUACCAUCCAGCUUUCAGAAGCACAGAACGACCUCUCAGGAUGUGCUUGUUUCAGAACAUAGAAGUAUCUUACAUUAUCCACAGAAUUCCAGAACUACAUCUGCUGCCACCUCCUCUGGAGUAUCAUACCAGGUUCACCAUCCCCAUUUUCUCAAUGUGAGCUACCGACCCCGAUGUAGACCCUACCCUCUGUCACAAACCUCAUUAUUUCUAUCAGAUUGUGAAACUGAUACAAACAAGCAUGCUGUUACUGGAUUUCAUGCAUCACCUUUGGUGUGA